AUGCCAGUGGUAAAUGUCGACGACCUAGUGCGACUUCAGCGCAAACCUGAAGACAUCCGAAAUAUCUGCAUUCUCGCCCACGUUGAUCAUGGCAAGACUUCUUUGACAGAUAGUCUCAUAGCUACAAAUGGCAUUAUCUCGCCUAAACUAGCGGGCAAGAUCCGCUACCUGGACUCUCGCCCAGAUGAGCAGCUACGUGGUAUAACUAUGGAGUCUUCGGCCAUAUCUCUAUUCUUCUCAAUGCUCCGUAGAUCCAAUCCGGACUCUGCGCCCGUACCGAAGGAGUAUCUGAUCAAUUUGAUCGACUCUCCAGGCCACAUCGACUUCAGCAGUGAGGUCUCUACAGCGUCUCGUCUCUGUGACGGUGCAGUCGUUCUAGUUGACGCAGUCGAAGGUGUCUGCAGUCAGACCGUGACUGUCCUACGUCAAAGUUGGGUGGAGCAGCUGAAGCCAAUCUUGGUUAUUAACAAAAUGGACCGACUAGUGUCAGAACUCAAGAUGAGCCCUGCUGAAGCUUACGCGCAUCUCAGUCGACUGCUUGAGCAGGUCAAUGCGGUUAUUGGUAGUUUCUACCAAGGCGAGCGCAUGGAAGAUGAUCUGCAGUGGCGAGAGCGCAUGGAAGAUCGUGCUACUGCGUCUGCGUUCAAGGAAAAGGACAAGACGAAGAAACAAGCGCUGGAAGACGAGUCUGUCCAGAGUGUCAGUGAGAUGGCAGAAUUUGAAGAGCGCGAUGAUGAAGAUUUAUACUUCGCGCCAGAGAAGAAUAAUGUCAUUUUCUGCAGUGCUGUUGACGGUUGGGCCUUUACUAUUAGGCAAUUUGCGGCUAUCUACGAGAGGAAGCUUGGUAUUAAACGGACUGUCUUGGAGAAGGUCCUUUGGGGUGAUUACUAUUUGGACCCGAAGACUAAGCGGGUGCUGGGCCAAAAGCACUUGAAGGGCAGAGCCUUGAAGCCUAUGUUUGUACAGCUGGUACUGGAUAGUAUCUGGGCUGCAUAUGAAGCAACGACAGGUGGUGGAAAAGGCAAAGGUGACCCUGUGUUGUUGGAAAAGAUCACAAAAUCCUUGAACAUCAAUAUUCCACCCCACGUUCUUCGCUCGCGAGACUCAAGGAAUAUCAUGACAACAUUAUUCUCAGCAUGGCUUCCUCUAUCAACCGCCGUUCUUGUAUCAGUGAUUGAAUACCUUCCGAGUCCCAAGGCCGCACAAGCUGCACGCCUACCAGACAUGAUCAAGACAUCACCGGGCUCAAAUCACAUCUCUGAAAAGGUCAAGGAGGCCAUGGUAAGCUUCAAAACCGGACCCGAUGAGCCCGUUGUCGCGUACGUUAGCAAGAUGGUCGCCAUUCCCGAAAGCGAGUUGACUGCAAGCAAGAAGCGCAGUGGCGCUACCAUGACAGCGGAUGAGGCUAGAGAGAUUGCCCGCCGCAAGCGAGAGGAGAUAGCAAAAAUGCAAGCUGAUGCUGCCGAAGGACAAACUGAUGCCUUUGCACGAAUGACAUCUGCAUUUGAAAACGCGUCUCUAAUUGUGGAGUCUGAGGAACCGGCGAAGACAGAGGAAGAGGAUGAAGAUCCGGAUCACCUCAUUGGAUUCGCCAGACUGUACUCAGGAACCCUCUCAGUCGGAGAUGAGAUCUACGUCCUACCGCCCAAGUUCUCUCCAGCCGAUCCUUAUGCGAGCCCAGAGCCGAAGAAGGUGACCGUCACAGACCUGUAUCUGCUUAUGGGUAGAAGUCUCGAGCCGCUCCAGUCCGUCCCAGCAGGAGUUGUGUUCGGAAUUGGAGGUCUGGCCGGAUAUGUCCUCAAGACAGGCACGCUCUGCAGUCAGCUAGAAGGCAGUAUCAACUUGGCUGGUGUGUCAUUCAGUCACCCGCCAAUUGUCCGUGUAGCCCUGGAGCCCGUCAACCCAGCCGAUCUCAGCAAGAUGAUCACCGGUCUACGUCUUCUAGAGCAGAGCGAUCCCUGUGCACAGUAUGAAGUACUCCCAAGCGGUGAACACGUCAUCUUGACAGCAGGUGAAUUGCAUCUGGAACGCUGCGUCAAGGAUCUCCGAGAACGGUUUGCGAAAUGUGAAAUCCAAACUGGAGAAGCUAUCGUUCCUUACCGCGAGACAAUUGCCCAUGCACCUGAAAUGGCAGCGCCUAAGAACCCUGACUUGGGUCGUGGAGGCGUCCUGGCAGUGUCAAACUCCAAGCAAAUGACACUCCGUCUGCGCGUCGUGCCCUUGCCUGAGGCUGUAACCGAGUUCCUCAACAAACAAGUGGGAACUAUCAAGCACCUACAAGCUGAAAAGCGCAGCGCCGCCGAGGCGAAGUCGAAUGGAGAAGAAGGAGACUCUACAGUUGAGACGAACUCAACCGGAGAAAUCGUGGAAGCUUCAGCCGAUGUGACGGAGAGCAACAUCUUGUCUAUGAAAGAGUUCCGACAAGAACUAGACAAGGUAUUCAACGAAGAAGUGAAAGAAGACAAAGAACUAUGGAAGAACGUCGUCGACAGAAUAACAGCAUUCGGACCCCGACGAGUCGGCCCCAACAUCCUCGUUGAUGGCACAGCAGUGAAUACGUGCGACAAAUUCCUCAUCGACGAGAAACAAACUCCCACAACCUCAACAGAUACCCCACAAGCCCUCCUAGUCCGCGACUUCAAUGACAAAAUAGCCCACGCCUUCCAACUAGCAACAACGCAAGGCCCGCUCUGCCAAGAACCAAUCCAAGGUAUCGCCGUCUUCCUCGAAGACCUCUCCGUCCAAGCAAGCAGCGGCGCCGACCUAGACAUGGGCCGCCUAACGGGCGACGCAAUAAAACUAGUCCGAGAAGGAAUACACACCGGCUUCCUAGACUGGAGCCCACGGAUUAUGCUAGCAAUGUACAGUAGCGAAAUCCAAGCAACAACCGAAGUGCUCGGCCGAGUGUAUGCGGUGAUAACGCGUCGCCGCGGCCGGAUUCUCUCCGAGAUAAUGAAGGAGGGGACUCCGUUCUUCACUAUUCUGGCCGUGUUGCCUGUUGCGGAGUCGUUUGGUUUCGCCGAAGAGAUUCGGAAGCGCACUUCUGGUGCUGCGCAGCCUCAGCUUAUCUUUGCGGGCUUUGAGGCGUUGGAUGAGGAUCCGUUUUGGGUUCCGGCUACUGAGGAGGAGUUGGAGGAUCUUGGGGAGCUGGCUGAUCGGGAGAAUGUUGCUAAGCGGUAUAUGGACGCUGUUAGGGGGAGGAAGGGGUUGGUUGUUCAGGGGAGGAAGUUGAUUGAUGCUGAGAAGCAGAAGACUUUGAAGAAGUAG